AUGCGGAGCCUUCAGAGGGGUCCUCAGCCUGCUAGAGGGCCUUCACUGGCAUAUGUAGGCCCCUCGGCAAGGCUGGAAAACAAACGUGAGCAGCGAACCAAGUCCUCGCAAACAUUCCCAGAGCCACCCUCUGGACGACUCAGCACCAACUUCGGCCGCAGCCCCGCGGGCGAUGCGCUGACGCCUGCGGGAGCCCCGGGGCGGCUCCCCCGGGGCUGCGACCCCCGUCGGGAUCGCGACGGGACCGCUUCGCCCCCGCGGCGACCGGGGGGACUCUGGGGAGUGGGUCUCGUCCCGGGGAAGGGGGCGGCCGCCACAGCCGCUCCCGCCCUAGGGGGGCGGCGCGCUGUUACCGGCGUCAGCCCCCCCGGUUUCCCCCGUGCCCCUGCCGGCGGAGGGGCUCGGAGGAGGGAAGUGCGCGCUCCCCCGGGCGGGGGCAUCGCGGGGGCGUCGCCGGCCGCCCAUGGCAGGCGCUCUGCGCCGGGCACGGCCGCCGCUGCUACGGGCAGGAGGCCGGCGGAGCAUGCCGCCGGCGGCGGGGCGGUUCCGCGGGGACUGACAGCCGCGCUGCCGGAGGAGGGAAGGCGCCAGCCCCUCCGCCUCUCCCCGCCGCGAGCGGAGGCGAUGCCGCAGGGCGCUCCGCCGCCCGGCCGCCACCCGCGCCAGCCGCUGUCGCCGCCGUGA